AUGACCCCUCCGAAAGCUACGUAUCUGAGAAGGACACUUGACCUUGAGUCUUCCACUGAAGGAGUCAACAGUUACGGUGUGCUCAAGUGGCUGUUGGUCUUGAGACGUAGACUGAUGAGUUGGCCCCUCGACUGCCCCUCGGUGAUGCGCCUCGAACAGACGACCUUGCGAGCCGAGGCGAAUCAGGAGACCGCCUACCUAAUACGCAUGCUGGAAGCCAGAUGCCUGUGCAGGCAAGCGAUAUGGCCAGUACCUACGGAUACACUAUGGAGUAGUGAGUGGGGUUACGUGAGAGGAAUUUGCUUGGUGCUUGUCAAGGCUCAAGAGGCAGAACUCAGGAGUCAGGAGCUUGACCCUGUGGAGACCGCAAUGCACAAUCUUGAGGCCACAGCUGCGCCUCUCCCCAUCUUCGAGUACGUCAACGCUGCGUUGCGGUCAAAACUACGACAAACAACUCUCGAUACUGAGAAGAGCCUACGCAGUCACGGCAGUGUGUACGCCCAAGAGGUGUUCGGCGGGAUCAGCUUGUCCCCCCUCCCCCUCGAUCUGGACCAGCCUGACGGGUCGAGGGAGGGGCAGAAAUGGUUUAAUGAGGUCGACGUUGCUGCCACGGUUGCGUGCUGUGCUGUGCGUGCUGCCGCCUGCGAAAGGCACCUACCAGCGGAUUCUCAGCGCCUGCAGGGCAAUUCGAACCAGAGUACCAGGCCAUGGCAGCAGUGGGCAGGCACGCAGGGCCGCAGAUUCCCACACCUUGAGACCCCACCAAAACGGGAGACUUUCAACAUGGAGAAGGAGGCACGGAGGAAAAAGUUUGGGCGACAAACGGCAACAGCCAGACGGGGCGACUGGGGGAGCCAUAUUAUUUUCGGAAUCCCGUCGCCCUACAACCUUGAAAAGGAUCUAGAAACAAACACAAACUUUGUCGAGAAUCAUCAGCCCAUCGAGACAUUCAAUCCAUUCUGUUUCCCGACGAAGUUCAAACAGGCUUUCACUGUCCAGAGCCCUCAUUGA